GGGUCGACCACCACUAGUUGCGUAGAUAUGCUUGAUGCGGCCGGCAGGGCGAAGAGAGGUGGGAGUAAGUGCUGAUUAGAAGGGGAAGAAACGACAGGCAAUUAGAACGUAAGAGGUAUAUCGAGGGACGCGAAAAAUCGCUGUGCAUACUGUACAAGAAGCAAGCAGCAUAGCAGGUUGACAAAUGAAAUGCUCAUGGUUCCGGCGUGUAAGACAAGACGCCAACUCCUCUACCUGGCAAUAUGCAACCAGAUAACUGCUGAGACUUCGAAUUAUCCAAUAUGCAACCAGAUGACUGCUGGGACUCCAAAUUAUCCUUCUCUUCCAUUAUUUCUCGGCAUAAUGAGGGGUAUCACUGUUCCCGGCCGUCAAGAUGCAGUAUACGCAAGACACAAUGUCAUGUACACGAACUCAUCAUCAUUCCAUUGCAUCAACUUCGUAAGGCAUAGUAGCCACCGAUAAUCAUUAGU